AGUGAUGCUGCCGUGUUCGCGCUGCGCCGCUCAGGCCCCUCCAUGGGAAUCCCCUCCGUCCCCCUCGCGGAGGUGGAGGAGAAGGAGGGCCCCCUUCCCUUCACUCCCUCGCUUCCGCCGCCGCCAUGGAGCAGUCGCCAUCGCAGUGGGCAGCGCAUCAGCCGGCCACGCUGCAGCCGCAGCGGCCUUUUGUCGGGGAUGCAGCCGCUCCCGCAUUGACGCUUCAGCAGCAGCAAGAGCAGUUGAUGUGGCAGCAGCAAGUCCAGCAGCAGCAGCAGCAGCACCUCCAGCAGCAGCAGCAGCACCUGCUGCAGGAGCCGCCAGGUGAGGUCUUGCAGCCCACGCUGCAGAUGCAGCCGCACAUUGUUGGGGAUGCGACCGCCCCCACAGUGGCGUUUCAGCAGCAGCAGCAGCAGCUGCAGCAGCAGCAUCAGCAGCAGCAGCAGCAGCAGCAUCAGCAGCAGCAGCAGCAGCAGGAGCAGCUGCCCCUGGAGCAGCAAUACCAGCAGCAGCUUCAGCAGCAUCAGUUCCAGCAGGAUGUGUACCAGCAGCAGGCGGUGCAUCAGCCGCUGCCGCAGCAGUUUCAGCAGCCGCCACAGCAGCCCGCACUGGAAGCGGUGCACCAGCCUGCGCCGCAUCACUCACAGCAGAUGGGGCAGCAGCAAUGGCACCAGCAGCCGCAGCCUGGGCAGCAUGCCGACUUCCAGCCGACGCCGCAGCAGCUGCCGCAGGCCGUGCAUCAGCCGACGAUGCAGCCGCGCAGCGCCCCCUCGCCGACCCAGGCCGCGGCACUGAUCCAGCGGUGGUACCGCGGCAGGCUGCGCAGGGCACGAUUCCUGACCGUGAUCAACCGGGCCAGGAGGCGGCGGUCUUAUUUGGACCAGCGGCGCAAGGUGGCGCAGCGGCUCUACUUCAAUGAGGUCGAGGCGGAGGAGACGAAGGCCCGCUUGGCGCAGCCCGGAGGCGCCCGGCUCGUGGCCGCCCGGAGGGACGCGCAGCAGGCCGACGCCGCGCAGCGGGUCCAGCUGCUGUGGCGCCGCACCAGGGCGAAGAGGAAGCUCGCGGCGCUGGAACGGAGGCAGCAGGAAGAGAAGGCCAUCCGGAUGCUGCAGAGGUGCGCCCGCCGCUGGAGGGAACGCCGGCGCCGGGGCACCAUGCAGUCAUUGAUGGCUCGUGCUUUGCAACACAGCCCCUACGGGAAGCCGCUGAGCGACGAGAGGCUGCUGCAACACGAGCAGGAGAUCCUGGGAAAAUGCCGGCAGUUCGCGGCGUCCUCCAGGGCUGGUCGCAGCGACGAGGACUGGGGGAAGCAGGCGGAGGCCGCUUACCAGGAGUUCACUGCAGAGAUCGGGAUGCAGCGGAGCGCGGUCGUGCGCACGCUCGUCCAGAGGGAGCAGAUCAAGCAGAUCAUCCAGGACGCGUUGGGGGAACAUCGCGGGCACCUUCGGGGAAGGCGAGGGAGCAAGGAUCCCCCAAUGAGGGGAGGCAGGGGAGGGACGUAGCAGGUUUUCGCGCCGCGCUGACGCGGCGGCGACCCCCAUCGCGGGCGGUCGAGGUCUGGCCCGGAGUCGGCGGAUAUCUAGUGAUCUGCGCCAGCAGACCGCAGCGGUCGCUCACGGUCGGACGCCCCGAGCGCUGUGGAAAAGCAGUGCCGACGCCGUCGCCACGCGCUUGGCAUCGCUCGGACGUGUGCAUUUUUCCUUCGGCG